CGCGCCCGCCGCGCGGGGAGGCAGCACCGCGGAGCCGGUUGCAUGAUGGAAUUUGAACAUUACUUCAAGAGGUUUUAUAUAUCGGAUUAGUUAAUUGUGUUUAUCCUCUGCUGACUAUUUCUUCGGACUCAUUUUUUGGUGUCCUUUUGAGGCGUUAAACUCAGAGAGAUUAUACCAUGGACUACAAGGAAAGCUGCCCAAGUGUAAGCAUUCCCAGCUCUGAUGAACACAGAGAGAAAAAGAAGAGGUUUACUGUUUAUAAAGUUCUGGUCUCAGUGGGUAGGAGUGAAUGGUUUGUCUUCAGGAGAUAUGCAGAAUUUGAUAAACUUUACAACACUUUAAAGAAACAAUUUCCUGCCAUGCCCCUGAAGAUUCCUGCCAAGAGAAUAUUUGGUGAUAAUUUUGAUCCAGAUUUUAUUAAACAAAGAAGAGCAGGACUGAAUGAAUUUAUUCAGAACCUGGUUAGACAUCCAGAGCUCUAUAACCAUCCAGAUGUCAGAGCAUUCCUUCAAAUGGACAGUCCAAAACAUCAGUCAGAUCCAUCUGAAGAUGAGGAUGAAAGAAGUAUUCAGAAGCUACAUUCUACCUCACAAAACAUCAACCUGGGACCAUCUGGAAAUCCUCAUGCUAAACCAACUGACUUUGAUUUCUUAAAAGUUAUUGGAAAAGGCAGCUUUGGCAAGGUUCUUCUUGCAAAACGGAAACUGGAUGGAAAAUUUUAUGCUGUCAAAGUGUUACAGAAAAAAGUAGUUCUCAACAGAAAAGAGCAAAAACAUAUUAUGGCUGAACGUAAUGUGCUUUUGAAAAAUGUGAAACAUCCAUUUUUGGUUGGAUUACAUUAUUCUUUCCAAACAACUGAAAAGCUUUAUUUUGUUCUGGAUUUUGUUAAUGGAGGGGAGCUGUUUUUUCACUUACAAAGAGAACGAUCCUUUCCUGAACACAGAGCUAGGUUUUAUGCUGCUGAAAUUGCCAGUGCAUUGGGUUAUUUACACUCCAUAAAAAUAGUGUACAGAGACUUGAAACCAGAAAAUAUUCUUCUGGAUUCUGUAGGACAUGUUGUCUUAACAGAUUUUGGGCUUUGUAAAGAAGGAAUUGCUAUUUCUGAUACCACCACCACAUUUUGUGGGACACCAGAGUACCUUGCACCUGAAGUAAUCAGAAAACAGCCCUAUGACAAUACUGUAGAUUGGUGGUGCCUUGGUGCUGUUCUGUAUGAAAUGCUGUAUGGAUUGCCUCCUUUUUAUUGCCGAGAUGUUGCUGAAAUGUAUGACAAUAUCCUUCACAAACCCCUGAGUUUGAGGCCAGGAGUGAGCCUCACAGCCUGGUCCAUUCUGGAGGAACUUCUAGAAAAAGACAGGCAAAAUCGACUUGGUGCCAAAGAAGACUUUCUUGAAAUUCAGAAUCAUCCUUUUUUUGAAUCACUCAGCUGGACUGAUCUUGUACAAAAGAAGAUUCCACCGCCAUUUAAUCCUAAUGUGGCUGGACCAGAUGAUAUCAGGAACUUUGACACAGCAUUUACAGAAGAAACAGUUCCGUAUUCUGUGUGCGUAUCUUCUGACUAUUCUAUAGUGAAUGCCAGUGUAUUGGAGGCAGAUGAUGCAUUCGUUGGUUUCUCUUACGCACCUCCUUCAGAAGAUUUAUUUUUGUGAAUGGUUUGCCAUUCAGAAACCAUUGAGCAAAUAUAAGCCUAAGGAUGGGACCGAAACUCCUAUUUGUGUGAAUAUAUUCAAAUAUGUAUAACUAGUGCCUACUUUUUACAUGUAAUAUUGAAAACUAUGGAAAAAUGUAUUUUCUGCUAUAUGCAAGAAAAUAGGGCAUUUCAAAGAGCUAAGUUUUGAUUAAAAUUUGUAUUCUUGUUUA